AUGGGUUGCGGAAUGAGCACAGAGGAGAAGGAGGGGAAGGCUCGGAACGAGGAGAUCGAAAAUCAGCUCAAGAGGGAUCGCAUGCAACAGCGCAAUGAAAUCAAGAUGCUGCUUCUGGGUGCUGGUGAAUCCGGAAAGUCCACGAUUCUGAAGCAGAUGAAGCUCAUUCACGAGGGCGGCUACUCGCGCGACGAGCGGGAAUCCUUCAAGGAGAUCAUCUUCAGCAACACCGUCCAGUCAAUGCGUGUCAUCCUCGAGGCGAUGGAGUCCUUAGAGCUGCCCCUGGCGGACUCCAGGAUGGAGUACCACGUGCAGACCAUCUUCAUGCAACCAGCACAAAUUGAGGGCGAUGUUCUGCCGCCCGAGGUCGGCAAUGCCAUUGAGGCGCUGUGGAGGGAUGCGGGCGUCCAGGCUUGCUUCAAGCGGUCACGGGAGUACCAGUUGAACGACUCGGCGCGAUACUACUUCGAUAACAUCGCUCGUAUUGCGGCCCCCGACUACAUGCCCAACGACCAGGACGUCCUGCGGUCGCGUGUCAAGACCACUGGUAUCACCGAGACGACCUUCAUCAUCGGUGAACUCACGUACCGCAUGUUCGAUGUCGGUGGCCAGCGAUCUGAGCGGAAGAAGUGGAUCCACUGCUUCGAGAACGUCACGACCAUCCUGUUCCUGGUCGCCAUCUCGGAGUAUGACCAGCUGCUCUUCGAGGACGAGACGGUGAAUCGCAUGCAGGAGGCCCUCACUCUGUUCGACUCAAUCUGCAACUCAAGGUGGUUCAUCAAGACAUCCAUCAUUCUCUUCCUGAACAAGAUCGAUCGGUUCAAGGAGAAGCUGCCGGUCAGCCCGAUGAAAAACUACUUCCCCGACUACGAGGGUGGCGACGACUACGGCGCGGCGUGCGACUACAUUCUGAACCGCUUCGUCAGCCUGAACCAGCACGAGAGCAAGCAGAUCUACACACAUUUCACAUGCGCGACGGACACGACACAGAUUCGCUUCGUCAUGGCUGCUGUCAACGACAUUAUCAUCCAGGAGAAUCUCCGUCUCUGCGGUCUUAUUUGA